CGCAAGACGGCCCGCGAAGCCCUGACUGGAUUCACUUAAAAGAAAACUGCGAUUGAAUUUGUUACAGAGUCGUAACAUAGGGAAGACGUGCUGGGGGCACGGAGUGUUUUGGUUCUGCUCGUAUCUAGUUUUUUUUAGCGACUGGGUCCUACUUUCUCUUCGUUUUUGUGUAUCUGCGAAACUCAGAAAGUUAUACGAAAUGUCUGGCAACCUCAGGCCAAGGCUGUGCGUUUUAGAUAAAGGGGACAAUGGAUACGGUUUCCAUCUCCACGGCGAAAAGGGCAAGCUCGGUCAGUUCGUACGGCAUGUGGAGCCCGACUCCCCGGCCGCCGCCGCGGGUCUGCUGGCCGGUGACAGACUGGUGUUCGUGAACGGGGAGAGUGUUGAGGACGAGAAGCAUCAACAGGUGGUGUCCCGCAUACGAGAAGUUACGGGGAAACUCGAACUCAUCGUGGUAGAUGCAGAGACCGCAACACUGCUUCAGAAGCAUAACUUGAAGUGCAAGAAGGAAUAUGUGACUGAUGGGAUACCGAUCCCGAGCAGCGCUGGAUUUGACCACGAAGAUGAGGUGAAGUACGGGGCGCCACGGGAAUCGACCCCCGUCCCGGAGACAAACGGAAGCAUAAGUUUUGAGAGACUGAGCGUGAGCUCCAAGGAAUCAAAGACCGAGUUGCGUCCACGUCUUUGUCACAUGAAGAAGGGUGCCACUGGAUACGGCUUUAACCUGCACACAGAAAAAUCUAAACCCGGCCAGUACAUCAGGGCGGUGGAUGAGGACUCCCCAGCAGAGAAAUCUGGACUUCGACCUCAAGAUAAAAUAGUGCAGGUGAAUGGUGUUGCUGUGUAUGGGAUACAGCAUUCAGAUGUGGUGGCGGCCAUUAAAGCAGGAGGGGAUGAGACCACACUACUGGUGGUGGAUCCUGAGGCAGAUGCCUUCUUCGCCAGCUGUCAGGUCCUGCCCACUGAGAAUCAUCUCACAGGUCCACUCCCAGAACCUGUUGUCAGCCGUGAUACAGAUGAUCAGGUGAAUGGAAGGGCAGCACAGGAGGAAAAGCCUAAAGUAUCAAUGAGUCUCUCAAACUCUAGCACCACUUCCAACACAUCUGCUUCUGCAGUUCCAACCAGUACUCCACCUCCAGAGGAGAAACAAAAAAGGAUAUCUUCAAAUGAAGAUCCAGGAUUAUCUCUGAACAUGUCUCUUCAGCAGGUCAAGGAACAAGCUCAUAAGAAACGCUCCAACAAAAGAGCUCCAGCAAUGGACUGGAGCAAAAGAAACGAGCUCUUCAGCAACCUCUGAGUCUUUUUUGUGCCUCCCCUCUUUUUCAUUCUACCAGUCUCCUUUAGUUCUUUUGAUCAUGUUUUUCUUUGCUUCCUCUCCCCUCUGGAAUUCUUCUCUUGUGCUUCUUCUGUACAUCAUGCCUCUUUCUUCUCGUCCGUCCUCGCUAUCAGUUGUUCCUCUUCGCUUGUACACUUGCACACAAUUAGAAACCUCUUUCACAUAUUUUUUUUAACCAGUGUUAUUUUGCCACUGUGAUUUCUGACUCUGUUGAUUAUAAUGAAGUAAUUUGUUUAGCAUUUUUGUUUCGCAACUUUUGUCAACUUCAUUUACCUCUAUAUCACUGAUAUAAAACUUCAUCAUAAGAUUUAAAGGGUUAGCUCAUGCAAAAAUGAAAAUUCUGUCAUCAUUUAGUCAUGUUCCAAACCCACACGAGAAAUUGCGCUGCUCUUUCAAUUACAAUUUAAGAGGCUGUCAGUGCUCCAAAG